GAAACUGUUGGCAUUGGGACUGACUCCAGCCUCUGCUCCGGGAGGCCCUCCCGAGCUGCCUGACCUCCCGGGGCCAUGCAGAAGGCCUCCCGCAAAAACAGAAAAGAAAGAGAAGUCAGCAUCAAGGUCAAAACAUCUGUACACAACUUGAGCGAAACACAGCAGACCAAACUCGCUGUGGGCAGCCUGGGAUUAGGCCUCAUCAUCAUCCAGCAUGGACCCUACCUCCAGAUCACCCACCUCAUCAGGAAGGGGGCUGCAGCCAACGACGGGAAACUCCAGCCAGGUGAUGUUCUGAUUAAUGUUGGCCCUGCCAAUGUGUUAGGAUAUACUCUUCGCGAAUUUUUACAGCUUUUGCAACAUAUCACCAUUGGAACAGUGCUACAAAUCAAGGUUUACCGAGAUUUUAUUAACAUUCCUGAAGAAUGGCAAGAAAUAUAUGAUUUAAUCCCUGAGGUCAAAUUCCCAGUAACAAGCACACCAAAGAAAAUUGAGCUGGCAAAAGAUGAAUCUUUCACAAGCAGUGAUGAUAAUGAAAAUGUAGAUUUAGAUAAAAGACUUCAAUAUUAUAGAUAUCCAUGGUCAACUGUGCAUCACCCUGCAAGGAGACCAAUAUCCAUCUCCAGAGACUGGCAUGGAUAUAAUAAGAAGAACCAUACUAUUAGUGUAGGAAAAGACAUUAAUUGUGACGUGAUGAUUCACAGAGAUGACAAGAAAGAAGUGAGGGCCCCUUCUCCAUACUGGAUAAUGGUGAAGCAAGACAAUGAAAGCUCUUCCUCCUCUACCUCCUCUAUCUCAGAUGCAUUUUGGCUGGAAGAUUGUGCCCAAGUUGAAGAGGGUAAAGCCCAACUGGUAUCAAAGGAAGAACUUACAAGAAAAAGUAUCAACUCCAUCAAAAUGGCAGAAAACAUACCUUGACAUUAAUAAUCAAAAUUCUACUUUCUGCAUAUUACCAUACCUUGUAAGAACUGUUACACUUAUUAAGAAAAUAUAUUUUCUUAAAUAAAUUAGAUUUGAAAAACUUAGGUUUUUCUGAAGUAAAUCCAGUGUUUCAAUGUAUUCUCAUCAUGUUUUGUUUCUGGUACAAUCAAGCAGCCCUGCAUCCUAUCGAUUCUUGGUUCUAUGUAUACAAUAUUUAAUAAAUUGUGUUGUACUUAUACAAGAGAUGCAACUUUGUAGUGUGCUCAGCAUAACAAAACUAACAAUACUAAUGGGAACAGAAAUGACCAAAAGGUUGUUCCAUCCUGGGUUGUAAUUCUCCCUGUCAUGCUUCCCCUGUGGGCAAUACUAAAUGAUCAUAACGACCACCGGAGUUGCAAGAUUCACAUUUUGAAUUGUUCUAAGUAGAUGGAGUCAAACUUAAAUGUCUUAAGCUGCUGUAUGAAA